CUCUACGAGGCCUUCAAUUACGGUCUCUUUUACGUGAUCUUCACUGUCUUGGGUGUGACAUGGUGUCAUAAAUCGUGAAAAUAUGCAGAGAAAGCAGAUAUUUAUUUAGCGCUUGUGUGUGUCCCAGAAUCUCGUCUUGGGAGUGCGGCGGUGAGCGAGCGCGAGAAGACGGUGAGCGGCGAGUGGAAAAGCCAGCGCCAUGGGAGUUCGACGACCGGGAACCACGAGAGGAUAUGAGGAAAUGCAGGGAGCCAAUGUGGCCACGGUUAACGUGGCCAUUGCAGGUCACACCACACCGAUCGCCACCCACAAUAGUCAGCAGGGACCGCCGCCAGUCACACCGCAGGAGUUCGAGAUGGCCUCCGUGAGCGUCGUGCCAGAUGACACUUUCACCGUGACUCAGGCUGUGAAUGCCCUCGGCUUCGGCUGGUUCCAGGUGAAGCUGUCCCUGUGCGUGGGCCUCUGCUGGAUGGCAGACUCCAUGGAAAUGACCAUUCUCAGCGUGCUCGGGCCGGCGCUGCAUUGCGACUGGGGCGUCACGCGCUACCAGCAAGCGCUCACCACGACCAUCGUGUUCCUCGGGAUGAUGCUCAGUUCCACAUUCUGGGGCCAAUUGAGUGAUCGAUACGGCCGGAAGCCUGCUCUGACCCUCUGUGGAGUUCUGCUCUUCCUCUACGGUCUCCUGUCCGCCGUGGCACCCAGCUUCGGCUGGCUCCUGCUUCUCAGAGGCCUCGUGGGGUUCGCCAUCGGUUGCGUGCCGCAAUCCGUGACGCUCUACGCUGAAUUCCUUCCUACUAAGCAACGCGCCAAGUGCGUCGUUCUCCUCGAUUGCUUCUGGGCUCUUGGGGCGUGCUUUGAGGUCGCCUUGGCUCUGGCUGUGGCCCCACGAUUGGGCUGGCGAUGGUUGCUGGGCCUUUCGGCGGCGCCCCUGUUUGUCUUUGCCGUGAUCACGCCCUGGCUACCGGAGUCGGCACGCUACAAUGUGACGUGUGGGCAGAACGACAAGGCGCUGGCGACGCUGGAACAGAUUGCAGUGGACAACAAGAAGCCAAUGCUGCUGGGCAGGCUCGUGGUGGAGGGAACAGCUACGCCACGAGGCAGCGUCAGGGCACUCCUCAGUACAUCCCUACGCCGGACGACACUUCUGCUGUGGUUCAUCUGGAUGUCCUGCGCUUUCUGCUAUUACGGGCUUGUGCUGAUGUCCACUGAGCUCUUCAGCGGUGACCGAAAGCCAGUAGUGGCGGGAGAUAUUGAAGAUUGCCAUCCUCUAUCGACUGAUGACUAUCUGGAUCUCCUUUGGACUACGUUGGCAGAAUUUCCUGGGAUCUUCGCCACUAUAGCGGUGAUGGAGAAGUGGGGACGCAAGAAAACCAUGGCCUUCCAGUUCAUCCUCUACGGCGGCUGUGUUUUACUUCUCACAACGACUAAAGAUCGGACGGCGCUCACGAUGAUCCUUUUCCUCGCUCGCGGCGUCAUUGCGGGACUCUUCCAGGCGGCUUAUGUGUACACACCGGAAGUCUAUCCCACAGCUCUGCGAUCCGUUGGCGUGGGCGGUUGCUCUGCUUUGGCUAGACUCGGCGCCAUGGCGACUCCCUAUGUGGCACAGGUUCUGCUCCAGACAUCCGUGUGGAGCGCCGUGAGUGUGUAUGGCGUGUUCGCCAUCAGUGCCAGCGUGGCGUGUCUCCUGCUCCCGUACGAGACCCGCGGCAGCGACAUGGCUCAGUAGCCCAAUCCCGCCGCUCUGUGACUAAACCAAAUCUCCGUGACUGAUUUUGUGGGUGCUUCUCGCUUCGGGCGACACGAGGUAAAAAA